AUGUAUCUUCAGGAGAGGGCUAAACCUGACAUCAAAGGCCUUUCCAAAUUACAAGAGGAUGUGGCUUCCCCCAUGCUCAGCCCCUUGUCCAAGAGCCUUGAGGAAGUGGUAAUGAUGCCCCCACUUCCUCCUCUGCUGGUUACUUGGGGUGCUCCUUGGGACCAACUGUCUGAAAUGGACAGGGAGUGGGUGUUCUUCACCGAUGGCAGUGCCACUACUGGACUGUGCUCCCAUGAUUUGUCCAGUGCCCUUAUGGGUUGGGCCCAGGAAUGUCUAAAUAGCAACCUUAAGCUCUCCCUGGGGUAUAGAUGUGCCCAGAAGCCUUAUCUGCGUUGGAUGAACUCCUCAGGGAAUGAAAGGGCAGCUACUCAUUCUGUUGCUAAUGUGCCCCUGAUUGGUAUCAAACCUGAAAGCUGCGGCCCAACCGGAGCGCACCCGACCACGCCUUCAUCGCCCACUCUGAGAAACUCUGAGGCAGGCUUCACCUUCGCGCCCGCGCCACCAGCCAAGACAACUGUGCCGCCCACGCAGGUGCGUCAGCACUACCACCCCGACUGCGAGGCCGCCAUCAACAGCCAGAUCUGCCCGGAGCUGUACGCCUCCUACGUGUACAUGUCGAUGGCCUACUACUUCGACAGGGCCGACGUGGCCCUGAAGCACUUCUCUCAGUUCUUUCUGAAACUGUCCUGCGAAAAGAGGGAGCACGCCGAGAGGCUGAUGCAGCUGCAAAACCAGCGCGGAGGCCGCCUCCGCCUUGGCGACAUCAAGAAGCCAGACAGUGACGACUGGGAGAGCGGCCUGAAGGCCAUGGAGUGUGCGCUCCAGCUGGAGAAGAACGUCAACCAGAGCCUGCUCGAUCUGCACCAGCUGGCCACCGACAAGGCGGAUCCCCAUCUGUGCCACUUCCUGGAGAGUCACCUCCUGCUCGAGCAAGUCAAGUCUGUGAAAGAGUUGGGGGACCAUCUCGACAACCUGCGCAAGAUGGGGGCCCCAGCAGACUGCCUGGCAGAGUACCUCUUCGACAAGCUCACCCUGGGGGACGGCAGUAAGAACUGA